AUGUCCGUGAUCUCAGCGUGUGCAGUGCAUUCGCUGGUGCCCAACCCUGUGCGCAACCGCUCCGAGCAGCUCGGCGAUGCUCUGCUCGACUUCGCCAUCGCCUGCACCAAUGAGGCCAUUGCCCAAGUACUGACCGCGUCAGGGCGCGUGCGGGGUCUUGCGCUCACGUCAAUCGCGGCUAUUAGAGCCUCAUUCUACGCCCUUCCACUAACUAUCCAGACCCGGCCGUUCGGACCAAGCCCCACGCCAAUGACGUGCUUCCCGUCGACCAUCUCCGUGUGCAUUGCAACUUGGGUCCUCACUCCCACCUUCCCUCUCAACCCUACUUUCCCCCUGAUGUUCGUUAGAUGCAAGGAGUGCGCUCAGUUUCGCCUCGAGCUGGCUGCCCUCCCACUCGCGUACUCAAACUACGUUCACUGCCCUCCCUCCUCCUUCCUGCGCACGGCACCCCCCGCGCUCGAACCCGCGCUCGCCGCUACGUUCAUUGGUGCUCGACCUCACGAUCCAGACCGCACGCUACGCGCUCGCACCCGUGCCGGGCCCGCCGUCGUACAACGCGCUCCUCUCGCUCGAGAACGUGUGGUGCUCGCCCCUCUCACCGGACGGGGCGACUCGAGUUUUCUCGAGCUAAGUGCAGGACUGGUGGCACAAGCUCUGCCUAUACAACUUUCCACCCUCUGGGAGACGCCCUUCUGCGUAGAACCAGAUCCCAGACUCCGUCAGAUGCUUCAUGUUACCCGCGGCCGGCCCGCAGAACUGUGUAAACGCCGCGCCACGAUAGAAGUUGCUGUGAAGACAUGUGGUGACCUCAACUGCCACCUCAUGCAUGCGCCGGUUCAGGAUGCGCCUGGGGCGCACGAUGCCGUUGUCUGCGGCGUCGGACCGUUCGGCUAUGGCGUUGGGUUCUCGAAGCAGGCCUGA